GUGGGAGUCGGUAUGCCGCAAACUGUUUUUUUACGACACCCAGAGGCUUUUUGCGACAGAACUGAUCGGUGAACCGUAAAUGUAAACAAACGCGUCGCAUCGAUGGAGAAGAAGCUAGCAGAGUUCAGAGCCAGACGGCGAGCAGAGAAGAGUAAAAUGAGCGAAGCUGAUCUUCAGAGCAGACAGCAGUCUGCUGACGUUCACGACGAACAACCACAGAAAACAGACGACACCAGCGCAUAUCACAGCCAAGAAGACGUCACGGGAGUUGAGCGCCGCAGAGACUGGCUGCUUGAAAGCCGUCUGGGAAGAUGGUUGGCCUCCAGACAACUUGUGCUCUCAAACGUCACGUUGCUCAAAGUGCUGCUGUGGCUGGUUCUGUUGGGUCUUUUUGCUGAACUGGAGUUCGGCUUGCCCUUCUUUGUCAUCUCCCUUUUCUACUGGAUCUAUGAAGGACUUCGCAGCCCAGAUCAGCGAAAGCCUGGAGAACUUAGUGCUUAUUCUGUGUUUAACCCAGACUGUCAGCCUCUCCUGGGCUCCCUCACUGCAGAACAGUUGGAAGGAGAAAUGGGUUACAGACCUCUGGCAAAUAGAUAGUAUCUAUCAACUUGAUGUCUAAAGCAGAAAAAAAACCUUUGUUUGUGUCACAUAUUUCUAAAGGUGGUGGAAAAGGUGUACUUAAUUUAUCUAAUAAAAAAAAUCACAGUCAUUAUUUUUUAUUGAGAAUAAAACAAGAUUCUGAUUUAUUGUUCUAAUUAUUGAAAACAUGUGGAAAAUGAAGGAAGAAAUAACCGUCACUCCUUUGCAUAAGCUGUAAAGUAAAUAUGUUUUGGGGGAUUUGAAGGUGGACAAGAUGUAAUGUUUUGAAGAUAGAAAAAGUGUUUAACAUUUCUGAUCAUCUAAAAGAAAGUCAAUAGAAUCUACAAUGCUAUUUCUCCUGUUUGCUUGUUGUUCAACAAACACUAACUUUUCUUGUUCAUGCUGUAAAUUUGAGUAUCAGUAAUUCAAUUUUUAAAUGAUAUAAUCCUUCUUAUCAUAAAUGAACUGUAUUUAUAAAGCAUUUUACAAUGCCAUCAGGAUACCAAUAUGCGCUAAUAAAAACCUAAUUUAGAUUAAUGCUUUUAUGAUGCCUUGACUCCACAUAGCUACUAAAGACCUAAUGAAGACUGAUAUUAAAAUAGUCUGUACUUUU